GCUGUGAAACAGAAGGAAAACAGUCUCAUCUUAUUGCUCGCGGAAUUUUCACCAGACUUUGUCGUAUGCUUGCAAUAGUGCAGUAAAGUUUCCACACGCGGUAAAUUUUCACGUCUACGCCGUGAAACGAUCGUUGUCAACGACCGACUGUGAGAGUGUUUAUUUUUUUUGUUCAUUGUUAUUAAUAAAUUGUGAAGCGAAGCGGUGAAUCGUCGACAGACCGCAGGACGCAGUUUUUGAGCGCGCAAUGGUGGAGUGGAGUUUAUUUAAAAAAAGAAACUUGCAGUGAAGAGUAUUAUACAAGUGAAAUAAACUUAUCGGCGGUGAGAGAUGGUAAACAAAUUUGUUGCAGCUCUGGCAUUCGUUGACCAAGAGAAAGGAUACGACUUUGAGAACGCGAUAGCUCAAGUUGGUUAUGGAAAAUAUCAAGGACUCUUGCUGGCCGUUUGCGGUACGAUUUAUGCCGCAUGUGCGAUCGGAACGACGACCCUUUCCUUCGUACUUCCGUCCGCGGAAUGCGAUUUCAAGCUGACUUCUGCCGACAAGGGGCGGCUCAACGCGACGCCCCUCGUAGGCAUGGUUGUGGGCUCCUACAUUUGGGGAAACAUAGCCGACGCUGUGGGUCGUAAAUGGGGCUUGAUAGCAGCCUUGCUGAUGGAUUCGAUGGCUGCUCUGUCGUCGAGUGUCGCCCAGUCUUUCCCCCUCUUCCUCUUCUUCCGAUUCUUCAACGGUUUCGGGAUCAUCGGGGCCACCAGCAUCGUCUUUCCCUACUUCAGCGAAUUCCUAGCCGCUAAGAAUCGCGACGUGAUGCUCUGCAGGCUCGAGGUCUUCUGGACCGUCGGCGUCAUUAGUCUGCCAGGGAUCGCUUGGGUGGUGAUACCGCACAGCUGGAGACUCGGCAGCGUCGACACGUUCUCCUUUACCCCCUGGAGGAUGUUUGUGGCCCUCUGCGGUGUCCCGAGUCUGACAAUGGCUAUGAUCCUUCUCCUAUUCCCGGAAAGCCCGAAGUAUCUCAUGACCCACGGGAAGAUGGAUAGAGCGUUGGUCGUCUUGGAAGGAAUGUUCGCUAUCAACAGCGGAUUGGAAAAGUCCGAUUAUCCGGUGAAAGCUCUCAUCAACCCAGGGCAAAUACACAGGGCAAGCACGAAGCACGAGCCGCGUUUGCGGAAGCUCACGAUUCGCCUUGGCGCGAUUUGGCGUCAAAAGAAGCAGCUCUUCUCGCCACCGUAUCUGCGUUACAUCGCCCUGACAUGCUUCGCCGAUUUCGGACUGAUGUUCAGCUACUACACCCUGAUGCUCUGGUUCCCGGAGCUCUUCGAGCGGUUCGGCCAGUUUCAGGAAGUCCACCCUGACCAGCCGGCCGGAGUCUGCGACGUGACGUCGAUCGUGGUCCAGGGUGUGCACAACGAGACGACGAUAUCGGCGAGCUGCGACAAGCCGAUCGACGACAAGGUCUUCCUCUACACCGUGAUAAUCGGUUUAUCCUGCAUACCGACAUCGAUAUCGCUCGGUCUCUGCAUCAACAAACUCGGGAAGAAGUUCCUCCUGAUAUUCAGCUUCAUGGCGGCCGGCUCCGCGGCCCUGGGACUUAACUUGGUCAAGAACCUCACUCAGACCCUGAUUCUUUCCUGCAUAUUCGAGGCCCUGACAAGCACCACGGAGGUCAUAAUAUUCUGCGUGAUAGUCGAGCUGUUUCCCACCAGCCUUCGAGCGUUGGCGAUGUCGUUGACGGUGACUUCCGGCCGUCUCGGAGCCAUUGUCGGUAAUGUUGUUUUCGGGACGCUUAUUGACCUGAACUGCAUCAUUCCGAUUUACACGUUCGCGGGGCUCUUGAUAUCCGGCGGAUUUCUCUGCAUGUUGAUACCGAGCAAGGGUCAAAUAGUACCUUCGCUAUCUUCGCCCCCGAUGACGCCGUUGGGAAGUUCAUUUAAGAUGGACGCUUGCGACAUCCGGUACCUGCAGUCCCCAAACGGGAACGUCGAGGGCUGGCUCAUAGUCAGCCUAGAGCCGCUUGUUAAACGUUUUAUUCAAUGCGGAAAGCUAAUCGAUAUUUUGAUAACGCCAUGCACCGUCACAAAAAUCCAAUUUACCGAGUCGUUACCAAAACUGUGCUCGUGCUAUAUAUACAACACAGGUGUAACGACUAAAGUUCAGAUUUAUAUAAAAAAAAAUUUUUUCCUCAAAAGAUUGAGAGGCCAAGUCUUGGGUAGCUUCUUUAAUGGCAGUGUGCAGUCCGCAGUUAUCGUACAGACAUCGCUGUCCCAGCAUGCAGCAGUGCAACUGUUACAAAAAUUCCGUGGAAUAUUGUUGAAAAUUUGGAGCUAUAACAGAAAAAUUGGACAACGAACGGCAACUGUUGACGUAACUGAUGGUGACAAUCCGAGAAAAGAGGAAGGACCGGUAGAUUUUGAACGUGCAAUAGAACUAACAGGCUAUGGAAAGUUUAAUUAUCUUCUGCUGCUGGCCGUCCUACCAGCAGGAUGCUCAAGUGUUUACGCGUCCACAGCCAUGUCCUACGUCCUGCCGUCUGCCGAGUGCGACCUUGGACUCACCUUGCUUGAUAAGGGUCUUCUUAAUUCUAUGGCAUUUGCAGGGAUGAUUUGCAGCUCGUUCGCAUGGGGAUUUUUGGCCGACAUGUUCGGGCGUAAGACAAUACUCGUUUACGGCUACCUCCUCGACGCUAUUUUCAAUCUGGCAAGUAGUUUUUCCCAGGUUUCAUGGAUGCUGUUAGUUUUCAAAUUCUUCAACGGCGUGAUAAUUUCCGGCCCAUACGCCGCUUUGUUAUCUUACCUGGCGGAGGUUCACGGUGAAAAGCACAGAUCGCAGAGUUACAUGUGGCUCGGAGUAUUUUUCUCGUUAGGCAAUAUUUCAGUGCCAUGCGUGGCUUGGCUGAUCAUUCCGCUCGAUUGGGAAUGGACCUUCUUCGGUGAUUCGAUGGUCUUCAACUCCUGGAGACUCUUCCUCGUGGUCUGUACCGUGCCUGAGUUCAUCGCUUGUCUGGCACUCUCCUUCUUUCCGGAGAGCCCGCGAUUCCUCAUCGCCAAGGGACGCCACCAAGAAGCCCUUGACGUUUUCAAGAAGAUCUACUCGAUCAACACCGGAAACCACCCUGACACGUAUGCUGUCAAAAGUCUCGUUCAAGAAUCGUCGAUAGAAGCUUCCGGGAAAAGCUUGGUCCACAUGUUGCGGUGCGGCUUGCGUCAAAUGAAACCCCUCUUCGAGGUCUCGAACCUCUCCCGACUGAUUCUGAUCACAUCCAUUCAAUUCGGAGCCACUUUAGGCUCCAACUCCCUGAGACUCUGGAUGCCCCAGCUGUUCGCGAUGAUCGAAACCUACGAGAAGCUACAUCCCACCUCGGCGUCCGAAGUGAAACCCACCAUGUGUUACAUGCUGGACGCCACUAAAUACCUCGAAAAAAAUUUAACCGACCCAACGAACAUAACGACGAGUGCUGAGCCAGGUUGUACACAGAUGAUACUGGACUCCACUGUUUACAUGAACUCGAUGAUCAUCGCUCUGACCGGUGUGAUCGGAUACACGAUGGCCGGAAGUCUCAUAAACGCGGUUGGGAAGCAGAAGCUUAUGAUCGUGUGUUUCGUGGGUGCCGGUGCGUGUUGCGGAGCUUUAUACUGGGCCCAGGAGACGAGCGUGAUUCUGAGUUUAACGUCGAUAUUCGUCGCUCUCGCGAGCAUCGGGGGUGCGACGGUGAUGAACGUGAUAGUCGAUAACUUUCCAACAUUCCUCAGAACCAUGGCUGUCAGUAUCACAAUGAUGUUCGGACGAGUCGGGGCUGUAGUGGGAAAUAUGCUGUUCCCAAUUCUCUUGAACGCCGGCUGCCUCGGUCCGUUUAUCAUGAUCGGGACCGCGUGUCUCGCCUGCGCGGUUUGGACGAUAAUUUUACCGUCCGGUAAAAUUACUGCGGUUAGUAAAGAAGGGGAUUUAAAACAGUGAUACUCAUAGGUUGAGACGUCAUUUUUGUACAUAUGCGAUGGUGAUUAAUUAUAGCGCUGAAUUGCACGCUAUUGAUUCUAAGUCAUGGAGUAUGGUAUGUAGAUAGGAUUUAAAUGUCAAGAUUUUAACACGAUCGUUGCAAAAUACCUUUACUAUAUUCCCACGGUGAGUGUGAUGCACGUAUCAAGUUUUACAAGUAUACGUCACUAAUACGUUGCUAUUAAAUGUAUAGUACAGCGUGUCGGAUGAUACGUGCGCGGCCACGUCGAUUUUCCAAGAGAUAUAAUAUAUAUUAAUGUAUACGUCUGAGCAUAAAAUGGCAAACAGAAGUAGAAGAAGUGAACAAUACGUUGAUAUACUUUAAUAAUAAACAAUGAUACGCUUUUGUUCGUUCAACUUUUAAACAUUGUCCUCUGAUCUUAUCCUGUAUGUACGUGUGUUGUAACGUUCCCGGCUUUUUCAGAACCUUGGUUACCGAAACCGUGACACUGUGAAUUGUUUGACCUUUUUGUUAACAAAUUUUAACUAUCAAAAGAAUUAUGAAAGGAACCCCUCUUUCAUUUUUUUAUAAUUUUUCUGUUGAACUGUCGCCGGACACGGAUGACACAGCGCCGUACACAUUUACUUGUUUCACUGCUAUGUUGUUAAAUAAGAAAACAAACUCCGCUUAAACAUCACACAUUUUAAUCAACUAAUUGCACACUGUGCUUUUGUAUCUACAUUCUUACAAAGGAAUUAUAAAUGAAAAUCGCAAUAAGCAAAUAAAAAAGGAAAAUAUAAAAGAAAGUGAAUUAAAUUAAACAGUUAACUAUCGCCUGGUUUCUACGUUUUACCUUUAGGAACAUACGUAGCUUUUACGUAAGCUGUGAGAAAUUCUAUGUUUGAUGAAGAGUGCAAAGGUUCUUUUAACACUCGUCCCCUAAAAUUUUCUAUGUUACCUCCUAAAUGUAAAAGCUGCCGAA